AUGAACGACCCCGAGCCAAAUGUCGCUUCGACCGAAGACUCGGCGGCCUCUUCAACUAUUCCCCUAAAGCCACUAUCAUGGCCUCGAAAUCCCCGAACAUCUAAGACAGAAGCAUACUUUGAUGAAAUGGAAAACCGAAUCAAGCGCAUGGAGUCUGCUAUAAUUGCACCCGAAGUACAUGGGACAACAGAGCCAGUAGAAAGGAAGGAAGAAGAGAAGAGCUCUGAUAAAAUUGAAAGCCAGGCAGAAUUGUCCAAUCACCUGUCAAACCUAGUCAUUGAUCCCAGUGGGUCUCCCAACUUCAUCGGCUGGGCCUCUGGAUUCUCACUUUUCUCUCCACAAGGAGUUCGGUGGAUCUCGGAAAGAGUAGGUGACAAGGACGAGCUAGCUCAACUGGCGCAAACAAUGUCCAAACAUGAUUACGGUGUUUGGGGUCGCGCCGAUGGUGAUCUCUGGUACCCCACACCACGAUCACAACACUCUCCACUUCCCCCGAAAGAUCUUGCAUCACAAUACGUUAAUUGCUUCUUUAUCACUUUUAACAACGUCUUCCCGAUCGUUAGUCGGAAGGUGUUUAACUCCUACUUUGAACGACAAUACUCUGCAAACCCACCGGCAAGCACCGCAUGGUAUGCUUUGUUUAAUGCCGUAUUGUGUUUAGGUAGUAUCAGAACAGAAGGCGAGCGAGAUAUGCACGUAAGAGGUAGCUGUCUCAUCGAUUAUACUUCGAACGACCAGGAAACUGGUGUCGAAUAUUUCCGCAACGCAAGCUCCUGUUUCCACGAAUUGUUCUUCAACGAGGCCAGCUUGAUGGCAAUGCAAGCCAUGACUCUGAUGCUAUACAUCACACGAUCAAGUCCUAAUCCCCAACCCGCCUACACACUGACAUGCGCAGCUGGAAAUUUAGCAAAUACUCUAGGCCUCCACCGGAGAUUAGAUUGCGUUGGUCUCGCGGCGGAGGAGCUUGAACAACGACGGAAUGUCUUCUGGGUCUUCUACCUAAUGGAGAAAGCAAUAAGCCAUAACCUAGGCAGACCAUCCGUCAUAACCGACGAUGAUAUUGCCAUCGACCUACCACCCAAGAAGCCCGGGUUAAUACAAUCCCCCAGCGGCGCCAAAGUUCACGACAUAUUCCAGGACCAAAUUACGCUGGCCAUCAUCAAAAGCCGCAUCUACACCGAGCUAUACUCGGCAAGUUCACAGACAAAAUCAGAAUCAGAUCGCAUGAAAGUUCUAGCUAAACUGGACAACCAUCUCCAGCGCUGGCGCGAUGCGAUGCCGAUUGAUAUCCGCCCGGAGCAUCCCAUCAGAUGCUCGGAUGAGCAGUACGUUCCGGUAGUCAUGAUGCACUUUAUAUAUCUCGACGCUAUAAUCCUGCUACACCGCCUAUCAGGCCACCAGGAAGCAUCCAAAAUUCCUCGUAGCGAUACCACGGAUAUGAAGAGCCGGCACGCAAGCCAGGUGCUCUGUCUAGCUGCUGCGCGGCAUUCGAUUCAACUGCUGCAUACGUUUAGCAGCAACAACCUGCAAAAUCAGCAUAUCAUGUGGUUCGUAACCCUCUUUCAAGCCCAUACCCCGAUGGCACUCUACUACCCCCUCAGCGCAUCCCUCGUCCUCUUCGCCCACAUCCUCUCGAACCCCCAAACCCACCACCAGCACGACAUCCAGCUCAUGAACCAACUCACAUCCUUCAUCAACGCCGCCGUGCAACCUGGGAGUUCCUUCGCCGCUACCCCGACACUGAGUAUGUUCCAGGCGCUCUACGGUAUUGCUACACGUUUUGUGGCAAAAGCACACGCUAGCGGGAAUAUACAUUUACCUCAAUCGAGCUUGAGCCGGAAUGGGAGAACGAAGACCAGAAUGCCGGGUGAUGAAAACGCCGACGAUUUUGAUCUUCAUCCUGAUACCACGCAAACGCAAACGCAGCCCGUAUCAUCGUCUCGCGCACAACCCCUACCCGACGAGUCUUCAUCUUUAUAUUCCGACUUGAAUUUAACCUCAAACACACAACCAACAACAUUACCCGAGGAAAUCAUACCCGAACCCUCACACUCACCCACAACCAUAGACACCAGUCCCUUAAACUUCGCACCUUUCCUCCCCGACCAAACCUACGAUUACCCCAUGAACAUGAAUAUGAAUCUCAAUAGUACCUAUGAAUGGAAUUGGGAUAUGAAUAUAGACAUGAAUAUGGAUGAUAUGGAUAUGAAUAUAAAGGAUAUAGACAUGAGUAACACGUGGAUGUCCAGCGCACUUAAUCCCAACCCCGAUUCCGAUUUAUGGGCCACCACAGAGGGAGACAAUUUGAGUGAAGCGAAUCAAGAAUUUGUAUUUAGGCCUGAUGUUAUAUAA